AUGCCCCGUACACUCUCACCAUCACUUCCUUGCCGCAUCUUCUCCCCAAGGAGACCCGAUACUGUCAAUGGGCAAGUUCAGCUCCGCCAUCCCCUUUUGCGAGCUCUAUUCUCCUUCAUGAAUCUCGCUUCUGGCUCUCGUCAACCCAGCAUCACCCACACGACGCGCAGAGCAUCCAUUGAUGCUGAUGACUCGGAGGAGUCUCAGCCUGAAUCGGAGGUGGAUGGUAGCAGACCCCAUAGCAUUGCCGGUGGCCGCACCUGUGACGGGGGCAUCAAUUGUCACCACCUCAAGUUGUAUGAACGCGACGUGCAGUAUUUGCAACAAGUCCAUGAGCAGCAGAUGGUCGCUGUCUCGCGGCUUCUCCGGGAGAGCCAACAGCAAGUGCAGAUGCUCUGCGAUGUCUUGCGCACCAAAAAAUCACCCUCCGAUGCCGGUGACGUGGAGCUUGCGGAAACGGUUCAGGCCAUGCUUCUUGCUCAAGAGCAAGUGCGGAUGACUGAAGCGGCGGCGGCGGUGGACUUGGAGAUCCGUGAGAUGGAUGCAGUUAGCAUUGCGGAGACAUUCUAA